AUGAAAGACAAGGUAACUGGCGCGGCAUCGGAGAAUGGCGACGAACCCAACAGCAACACUGGCAAAGGCACCAAUAAACCGAAAAGGCCCAGCCCCACCAAUUUCGGUCGCAGCUCUCGUCAUGCUUCCCAUCCCAGUCGCGGUGGCGGAGCACAGCGCCGAGUGUCGUUGUAUGAAAGCAGCAGCAGUGCCAUCAGCGCGUUGAGCGGCAGUACCGGCGACGACGAUGACGACGAUUUUGACUUUUCCCACAUCGCUCCGCUCGGUCGCUCGAAAGGCGAACGGACGAUCAGCACUACCAUACGCCUUUCCAAACAGGGCUUUCGACACAAGCGGACCGACAACUUCGCUGUUCAAUCGAUCCGACGGGGCAGCGAAGACUGGAAAAAUCUGAUCAAGCCAUUCGUGGCCGAUUUGGUCUUUCGCUCGCUCAUUUGCCGCCGUUUUCAGUCGGAAGUCUCGUUUAGACCGUACACCGCCCACGCUGCCGUUCUCUUUAUUGAUUUAUCCAGCUACUCCAAAAUUACCACGGCCAUUGCUCAUCGCGGUGCGCACGCACUCAGCUCUAUCGUCAACGCCUAUUUGUCACGCCUGCUCCAGUUUGUGCACAGCCACGGUGGCGACGUUGUCAAGUUUGCCGGGGAUGCUGUGCUUGUCGUGUGGGAAGGAGAACAGAGCGAUUUAGCCAUGAAUGUUCUUUGUGCAGCAAGAUGCGCGUUAGAAAUGCAAAAAACGGCCGGGUCGCAUCCGAUAGACGGUAGUUCCAUGAUAUUUCAAAUACAUUGUGGAUUGAGUUGCGGACGUAUCGAGUCGGAAAUUUUUGACGCUCCGACACACGUGAACAUGCAGCGUUACUAUCACGCUGUUAGUGGCGAAGCACUGUUGGAAAUCAGUGAGCUUGUGGAUUUGGCAUGUGCGGGGGAAAUUUGCGCAUCCGAAGCAUGUCUCGGGCUCUUAGGCAGCCAUGGACGGUACCGUAUUAUCGAUCUCGCCAAGCAGACCGAAGUGGGUAAAUUUGGCAUGGGAAAGAUUUUGACCCAUCUAGAUGUGGAGGAGUCCCUAUCAAACGAGAUGGAACUUCACAUUGAAAGUACUCUCAUGGAUCGUAUGGCGCGACGAAAUAAGCAUAUUGAAGAGAAUUUCAUUCAUCCAAGUGUUAUUCGCCAACUCAACCACGGUGGAUUGUCACCAACACAGAUUGCGCAGAUGCGCAGUCUUUGCGUUCUAUUUAUUGCUAUGACUUCCCAUGGUAGUGCAGUGAAUUGGUUGAUGGAAGUUCAAGGGGUGUUAGACAAGUACCGCUGCCCCAUUGUACAAAUCAUCGACGACGACAAGGGCGUUCACGUUACCGCAGCCAUCAAUCUUUACGAAGCAGUUCCAGAAGCCAGUAUUCUAGGUCUGGAUCUUUGCAAAGAGCUGGUCGACAAGCACGUUGGCUGUGCGAUUGGAAUGGCUGCGGGAGCUACAUUUUGCGGCGUCACAGGCUCGAGUUCAAUCGCCUGUCGCUGGGAUAUUACCGGAGGCCCUCCCGUUCGAGCCGCGCGUCUCAUGCAAUUCGGUAUGCAAUUUGGUCACGAGGUUGUUCUGGAUCAAUCAAUCUAUGACGACCCAGUGGCAGCAGUCCGCAUGGUUGCGUUAAACGCUGGAAUCUACAUCAAAGGAACGGAUGGGGUGAGUCCAAUAUACACACUCUCCGAGUCUACAGACUACUCAGCAUUUCGAGUAUUAGAGACGGUCCAUGGCGCAGUACACGACGAUGUAGUCCGGAAAAUUCAAAAGAUGAUUAACGGAGAAAGCACUCGGUGCGCGUGUUUAGUCACCGGGCCAACGCUCUCUGGUAAGAAGAUUGUUUGUCAGAGGGCGGCCGGCUACGCUGACUUGGUUCCUUAUCUCCACGUUUGUGAAGAAAAUAGCGGCCUAUUACAACUGGCGAAAACGAUGGCCACUUGGUUCAAAUAUCUUGAUGACGACGUCGUAAAGCGUGGAGCAAAGGACGUCCUUGACUACUUGGAGAAAGGCCAUUGGACAAGGGCGCACGAUGAAUGUGUCCGACUUGUCACUUUGAUCAUCGACAAAGGAAUGAAUGCUUGUUUCGUCGUAGAUCGAAUCCAGUUUCUAGACGAGUUUUCGUUUUCGCUCAUCCGUGAGUGUCUUCGAGGAAGAGCAAAAGUCGAUCGCCUAUCGAGCCGCCUCUCUGUCGGAUCCGAGUCCUCCGAUGGUAACGCAACUGGACGUAUUUGCUUUCUUUGCACGCACGUGCCCCUCUACAACUGGAUGUCAGCAACGGAUAUCGUGGAACAUAUUGCGCGUUCGCACCAAAGGAUAAGAAUUCCGAUUUUGACUGUGGCACAAACAGAUAUAGAGUCCCUUCGUACUAUGUUUCGAGAUUUGGCUGACAUGAAUGUGAGCGAUCGUUGGCUCACUACGUAUGCGCAAGGUUCCGGAUAUUGUGCUGGAUAUUUUGUUGAACGAUCAGCAGCGUCCAGAAUCUUAUCUGCCCAACUAUGGAAUGAAGGAAAACCCGGCUAUGCUGUGACGACGGAGGACAUCACCCUGUACAUUCCUCCAGGUCUCAUGGGAAAAAAUUUACACAUGACAGUUCAACAAACAUCAGCAGAGAUUGUUAUGAGAUUUUCACAGGUAUUCGAUGAGCUUCCACCCCUCUUUCAGACUUUAGCAAAGAUCCUGACGAUUGCGACCCGAAGGAAAUUUUUCAAGCUACCUCGCACCAUUCUUUGGGAGGUAUUGAAUGAUUUGGUGUCGGAAGGCGUAGAUUCUGAGCCAAUGGCUGCUGUCUUGAACGAAUUGGUAGAUAUGUUUCUGUUGAAGAUUGAACAGGUAAAAAACGAAGAGGUGGUGUCGUUUCUUAACCCUGCCUUUCUGGAUAUUAUUAUUGACGUUUGCACCCCUGUGCAAAUCCGAAGUAUCGCGACAGCCCUUAUCGAACGCCUUGAACCAAUACUUAAAAGGGACUUCCGAAUCCCUCUCGUCAUUGCAACGCUCCAUGGGAUGCUUGGGCAACUAGAAUCGAUGCAGAGACACAUGUGGUCCGAAGGCUUCAAGGUACUCCUGCAAGAAGGCAAAGACUGGCCCGAAAGCGAAAGGAUGCGGUGGUGUGAAUUGAUUCAAGACGAAAUUUCAGCUGCAGGAUUUAAUGUUAACGAGAUCCUCGCUGGUCAAGCGCUCUGUCAAAUACCGGCAAAGAAAGCUAUUAGCCAUCGACUGCCUAUGCUCAAAAUAUAUCAAGGACCGAUUACGAUUGGACCUAUGAGUCACGCACUUGGAGUUCUUUUUACAAACAUCUUUCAUGAAUACGGCGUAUUCCAUGGUGCUCGAAAGUCUUCAGUUUGUCGGCUCAGAAGAUCAAUGGCUAGUUCAUCCAGCAGAUACUUACGCCAGAUGGAAUGCUUGGAAAAUUUUCUGGACGGGUACGGACUAAGUAUUUCACGUGAAGAAAAGGAAAGAGAACGCGAAAUAAUCACGGCUCUGGCGAAGCCUGCCAGCCGCGAAGAAGACGCUGUAGCAAAAGCUUUCGUUGUACUCGACGACUAUAUUCCUCAAUUUAUCGAACCACGGAUGGAGCGGCUCUAUUCUCUAGUUGCAAAACUUAGAGAGGAAGGGAUUCCUGAGGUCGUCAUGAAUGCGCAGCCUGCCAUACGGAGAGCAUAUGAAGCACUGCAAGUCCCAAAAAACCGGAACGAUGCUGCCCAGGAUGCGCUGAUGACUCUUGCCACGUUAAAUUGGAAGCCUAAGCCGGUUCCGGAGCAACUCUGCCUUAUCUAUUACCAAACUGUUGCUCGACUUCGCAACAAAGUGCUAAAGCGCUUGACACCUAAGCAGUUGGUUGGCUUUCGACAUCAGCAAUCAGUUGACGACCUGGAGGCGUUCUUGGUCGUCACACCUCUUCUGUACCGACUCCAAGCGAAAAACCUUCAGGGCAUGAAGAGAUCGACGAGCACUGAUUUUUACGAGUGA